UUUCAUUUACGCUCCCGACUAUUUCGAGAGCAGCAGCCGUCGACACCGCCGCCGCUAUCGUCUCCUUCGCAGAAGCGUCGGCCGACCGCAGCGGAGCUCCGUCGCUCUCCGGAAAGACUAUAGAUUCGAAGGGCUUAAACCCUUCUCAUCACCGGCAGCGACCGUCUUCCGCAACGGGAGAAGAGGGUUGUAUCAGAGAACAACCUUCUCUUCCUACCCGUCGCACCUUCGUGAUGGAGUCGGAGAAGUUUCAGGUCGACUUGGGAAACCUUAUGGCAUUUGAUCCCGCUCACCAUUUCGAAUCCAUCCCCUCUUCUCGGGAGGAGCUAACCAAGGCGUGUCUAGAGAAAGGCACGGAGCUAGUCCAAGCCAUAGCCAAUGUUCUUUUUGCACUUCCAUCGACUGAGGAUCGUGAUGGUCCCAUCGUUCGUUUGCCGCAGCCCACAACCAAGCUUCCCAGGGAAAAACAUUUCCCGAAACCCAAGCCUCCUACGAAGUGGGAAUUGUUUGCUAAAACGAAAGGUAUAAAGCCGCGGAAGAAAGGGAAGCGUGCUUUUGAUGAACAAACUGGUGCUUGGAAAAGGCUUCAUGGUUAUGAUCGGGUAAAUGAUGAUAAAGAUAUACCAAUCAUCGAGGCCAAAUUGACAGAUGAGCCAGGAGAAGAUCCGUUUAGCAAAAGAAAGGCUGAAAAGAAGAAACGAGUUGAAAAACAAGAGAAGAAUCGGUUGGGAAACCUUAAGCAAGCUGCAAAAGCUGGUGCCCUUCCAAGUCACAUACAACUGGCUGCAACAGCAUUGCCCAUAACAGGAACUCGUACAGAUGUGCCACGAAAAUCGAGCAAAGAAGAACUUGAAAAUGUAGCUGGGAUGGCAGCAACAGCAACAGCAAGUGGUGGGAAAUUUGACCGAAAGCUUCCAGGAGAAAAACCUCUCAAGCAUGCUGGGAAGCAUCGGAAGUUUCUCCCUGUCGUCGAAGGCAAGGGGAUGAGUUCGCAAGAGCAGAAGCAAACAGCCAAAAUUCUUGAGCAGCUGAUGUCUAGAAGCUCUAAUGACAUACUCGACGUCAAAAAGGCUGUUACAAUCUUCAACGUGAAGAAGGAAAAGAAACGAAAGAUGGAAAAGGAUAGAGAGAGAUCUUCUACAGCCAGCAAGCUUAAGCCCAAAAAGCAGUCUCUCAAGAAAUCAUCAAAGAAACACUAAAUUGCUACAGCAUUAGUUUAUCAACUCUUGUUAUCGAAAAUUACUCUCCGUCUUGGCUAUACUCCUUAAUGUAUCCUCGAAUUUUGUUCAACUAGUUUGUCAAAACCGUGUUCCAUUAUUUAGUACAGUUUGCCCCAGAAACUGAAGAGCUGGUGAACUAUAGUUUAGUGUUCUAGUUUGCUUGAGCAUUUGUGAGUGAACCUUUAGAACAAGAAUGGGGGUCUCUAUUCUUAUGAUAACUAUUCAGCCAA